AUGGGCACGCAGAAAAAAGGUGCAUCUAGGGGUUCAGAGGACCCUGUGGAAUUGGCACGUGUCCCUUUGCAGGCCAUCCUCUUAGCUGAUAGUUUUACUACCAAAUUCCGACCCAUCACCCUCGAGCGCCCCAAAGUGCUGUUGCCAUUGGUUAAUGUCCCGAUGAUCAAUUACACCUUAGCGUGGCUCGAGUCUGCUGGCGUUGAGGAGGUUUUUGUUUUUUGCUGUGCUCAUUCUAUACAAGUGAUUGAUUAUUUGGAGAGUUCCGAGUGGUUUUCUCAACCAAACUUCACAGUCACAACGAUUGAGUCACAUAACUCUGUUAGCGCUGGAGAUGCUCUUCGCUUGAUUUAUGAGCGCAACGUGAUAAAUGGAGAUUUUGUCCUAAUUAGCGGGGAUACGGUGAGCAACAUGUCGCUUACUCAGGUGCUUCAAGAACAUAAAGAGAGAAGAAAAAAAGAUAGUAAUGCUGUGAUGACAGUAGUUAUAAAACGGUCAAAGCCUUCUCAGAUCACUCACCAAUCUCGACUUGGCACUGAUGAGCUGUUUAUGGCAAUAGAUCCUAAUACAAAGCAGCUUUUAUAUUACGAGGACAAGGCAGACCAUGCAAAAGGAUAUAUAUAUCUGGAUAAGUUGUUGCUCGCUGAUAACCCUUCAAUUACUCUACAUAAUGACAAGCAGUCCUCAGCCCUUUUCACAGACAAUUUUGAUUAUCAACAUCUACGCCGUCAUUUUCUGAAGGGAUUGCUUGUUGACGAUAUUAUGGGUUACAAAAUAUUCACACAUGAAAUUCACUCGAGUUAUGCGGCUAGGAUUGACAACUUCCGAAGCUAUGAUACAAUUAGUAAGGACAUAAUUCAGAGAUGGACUUAUCCUUUGGUGCCAGAUGUGAAGUUUUUUGGGAACUCUUCAAUAAAACUGGAAAGACAGGGGAUGUAUCGAGCAUCGGAAAUAGGGCAAUCACGCUCUGCACAGAUUGGUCCUUUUACAGUCAUUGGGAGUGGCACAAAGAUUGGGAACACCACUAAAAUUUCAAAUUCUGUUAUUGGGGAAGGGUGCUCUAUUGGAUCAAAUGUUUCCAUAGAAGGUUCCUAUAUAUGGGAUAAUGUCACCAUUGAAGAUGGCUGCAAGCUAAGGCAUGCUAUAGUAUGUGAUGGAGUGAUAGUAAAGUCCGGAGCAGUCUUGGAACCUGGUGUUGUUUUGUCCUUCAAGGUUGUUGUAGGGCGACAGUUUAUUGUCCCUCCAUACUCAAAGGUAUCUCUACUUCAGCAGCCAACUAAGCAAGACAGUGACGAAGAGCUGGAGUAUGCUGACAAUAGCAUUGGGAUUGCAGAAAUUUCAUCUCUCACACAUACAGUGGAUAAACUAAAUGGGGAAAUAACAAACCAACCAUUUGAGACACAAUGUUGGCCUACAUCUGAGCUUGGUACUGGUGGGGCUGGUUAUGUUUGGUCAAUUUGUGAAGGAGGCCAUGAUGAGGAGUGGAGGCAUUCAGUUGCUCCCAUUCCUGCUGACAAACUUUCUGAAGCAAUACAUGCUGCAGAUGAUGAUUUGGAGCUUACUCAAGAUGGCAGAUCCCUCCCACCUUCAGGAGAGUUAAAACCUGAUUCUAAUGAUUCUGAAUACGAUGAUGAUGGAGAGUCUAGAGAUGAUUCUAUCUACUUUGAGAAAGAGGUCGAAGCAACCUUUCUAAGAGCUGUGCAUGAAAAUAUAACAGUAGACCAUGUCAUCUUAGAAGUGAAUUCACUGAGGUUGUCAUACAACAAGGUAGCUGCAGACUGUGCUGGAGGUUUAUUUUAUUCACUGAUGAAAUUGGCAUUAGAAACCCCACAUGAUUCAGCAAGUGAAUUGGUUCAAGCUAUUACUAAUGUACUUGCAAAAUGGAAAAAACUGCUGAAGUAUUACCUAGCAGAAAUAGAUGAGGAGAUUGAGGUAAUACUUAAACUUGAAGAAAUUUGCGAGUCCACUAAGGAAUUUGCCCCCGUGUUUGAUAAGAUACUGUAUCAACUGUAUGACCUUGAAGUUAUACAAGAAGAAGCUAUUCUAAGGUGGGAUGAUGAGAAGAAAGAUGCUGAUGAAUCAGAUAAAUUUUUUGUUAAGCAGGCGGAAAAGUUUAUUCAAUGGUUGAGAGAGGCAUCCGAAGAAGAAGAAGAAGAAGAAGAAGAAGAAGAUGAAGAAUAG